GAUAAAAAUAGACAGAAAAAACAAGAAAAACCGCCAUAGCAACAAUGAAGCAGAGCUCAUCGUCGGAGGCGGUGUCUUCGUCGUCAUCAACCAUCGACCUAUCUCAUCCCUCCGUCCCUUCUCCAUCAUCGAAGCCUCUCUGCUCGUCCUCGAUUUCCCCGGCCGAAGACCUCCACCUCGGAUCAUCUCGAGACGGGAGCGGAGGGGCUCAAGAGAUCGUAGCCGUCGAUCGCCGAGGAGAGUACACAGCCGUGUGCCGAUGGACGGUCGAAAACUUCACGCGCGUCAAAGCCAAGGCACUGUGGAGCAAGUACUUCGAUGUGGGAGGCUACGAUUGCCGCCUCCUCGUCUACCCUAGAGGCGACUCCCAGGCUCUCCCUGGAUACAUCAGCAUCUAUCUCCAGAUCAUGGACCCUCGCGGCGCGUCGUCGUCUCGGUGGGACUGUUUCGCUAGCUACCGUCUCUCGAUCGUCAACCAUGUCGACGAAUCCCUCACUAUCCAUAAGGACUCUUGGCAUAGGUUCUCUAGUAAGAAGAAAUCGCACGGGUGGUGCGAUUUCACGCUUAAUGGGAGUGUGUUGGAUCCGAAGAUGGGGUUUUUGUUUAAUAACGAUUCGUUGCUUAUUACUGCUGAUAUCUUGAUUCUCAAUGAGUCAGUUAGCUCUAACAGCGAUUCGGGAUCACUGUACAAGGAGAAUUCAUUAGCUGGAGGACCAAUGCCGGAUGUUUUGAAUGGGAAGUUCACUUGGAGAGUAAAUAACUUUACCUUGUUUAAGGAAAUGAUAAAGACGCAGAAGAUAAUGAGCCCUGUGUUCCCAGCUGGGGAGUGUAACCUUAGGAUUAGUGUGUACCAGAGCGUGGUUAACUCUCAGGAGUACAUAUCGAUGUGUUUGGAGAGUAAGGAGACCGAGAAGACUAUGGUAUCGGAUAGGAGCUGUUGGUGUUUGUUUAGGAUGUCGGCUUUGAAUCAGAAGCCUGGGUGCGCUCACGUGCAUAGAGAUUCGUAUGGGAGGUUUGCUGCUGAUAAUAAGAGCGGCGAUAACACGAGCUUGGGGUGGAACGAUUACAUGAAGAUGUCUGACUUUGUGAAUCCUGAAUCAGGUUUUUUAGUUAAUGACACUGCUGUCUUUAGCACUUCGUUUCAUGUUAUUAAAGAGUUCAGUAGCUUUGCUAAGAAUGGAGGGUUGGUUGCGGGGAGAAACGGGAGUGGAGCUAGGAAAUCAGAUGCGCACAUGGGUAAAUUCACUUGGAGGAUUGAGAAUUUCACGAGGUUGAAGGAUCUUCUCAAGAAGAGGAAGGUAACAGGUCUUUGCAUCAAAAGUAAAAGGUUUCAAAUUGGGAACAGGGAUUGUCGACUUAUUGUUUAUCCCCGAGGGCAGUCCCAGCCACCGUGUCAUCUUUCGGUAUUUCUUGAAGUGACAGAUUCACGAAGCUCUAGUGAUUGGAGCUGUUUUGUUAGCCACAGACUAUCAGUUGUGAACCAGAGGUUGGAGGAGAAGUCGGUGACAAAGGAAUCUCAGAACCGCUACUCGAAAGCUGCAAAGGAUUGGGGUUGGCGUGAGUAUGUGACACUUACGAGUUUGUUUGAUCAGGACUCUGGAUUUCUCGUUCAAGACACUGUUGUGUUCUCCGCAGAGGUUCUGAUCUUGAAAGAGACAUCUGUAACGAAAGACUAUGUGGAGGCAGAAUCAGCUUCACAGAUUGAUAACAGCGUAAAAAGAAGUUCAUUUACGUGGAAAGUAGAGAAUUUUCUCGCCUUUAAGGAAAUAAUGGAAACACGAAAGAUCUUCAGCAAGUUCUUUCAGGCCGGUGGAUGUGAACUCCGGAUUGGUGUAUACGAGUCGUUUGACACCAUAUGCAUAUAUUUAGAGAGUGAUCAAUCUGCGGGUACAGAUGUGGACAAUAACUUCUGGGUCAAGUACAGGAUGGGUAUUCUGAACCAAAAGAAUCCUGCGAAAAGUGUGUGGAAGGAGUCAUCUAUAUGCACCAAGACCUGGAAUAACUCCGUCUUACAGUUUAUGAAGGUGUCUGACAUGCUGGAGGCUGAUGCUGGGUUUCUCGUGCGUGACACUGUUGUUUUUGUGUGUGAAAUAUUGGAUUGUUGUCCUUGGUUCGAGUUUUCAGACUUGGAGGUCUUGGCGUCAGAUGAUGACCAAGAUGCCUUAACCACUGAUCCUGAUGACAUUAUUGAUUCUGAAGAAAGUGAGGGCAUAAGCGGAGAUGAGGAAGACACAUUCCGAGAUUUUCUUUCCCAAGCUGGAUUCCAUCUCACGUUUGGGGAAAAUCCUUCUCAGCCACAGGUGACCCUUCGAGAGAAGCUUAUAAUGGAUGCAGGUGCAAUUGCUGGGUUUCUUACUGGAUUACGUGUUUAUCUUGACGACCCUACUAAAGUAAAGCGUUUACUUCUUCCCACUAAAAUGUCUUGUGAUGAUAGAAGCAAGCUAACAAAGAGUGAUGAAUCUUCACCCAGCCUGAUGAAUUUGCUGAUGGGUGUUAAAGUUCUACAGCAAGCAAUUAUCGAUUUACUUCUAGAUAUAAUGGUUGAGUGUUGCCAACCUUCGGAGGAAGGGUCUUAUUCUGAGCCUUCUUUGCUGGAUGCAAAGACAGAUGGCUGCGUGGCUUCAACUUCAUUGGAGGCAACUAGGGAAAAUGGAGCAGCAGAAGCUUCACAACAUCUUGUUGACGAGAGAUUUAAAUCUGAUGCAGAUGCUACUACUCUCAGUACCUCAGCUGUACAAAGCUCCGAGGUGAAUGGGAUCGAUAUGCUUGAGAAAGCCCUUGCAAUAGAGCCUGUUUCUCCCCCUGAAACAUACGCUGAGCAGUCUUCUGAUACUUCAGUUCAGUCAAAGACAAAGUGGCCAGAACAAUCUGAGGAGCUAUUAGGACUGAUUGUUAACUCACUGAAAACUCUUGAUUCGGCUGUUCCACAAGGUUGUCCAGAGCCUAGACGACGACCACACUCUGCUCAAAAGAUUGCUCUUGUUUUAGACAGAGCGCCUAGACAUUUGCAACCAGAUUUAGUUAGUCUGGUUCCUAAAUUGGUUGAGCAUUCGGAACACCCACUAGCUGCGUAUGCACUUAUCGAACGGCUUCAAAAGCCUGAAGCUGAACCAGCAUUGCGUGAACCAGUAUACAAUGCUCUUAGCCAGUUAGAUUGUGACACUGAAGUAUGGGAGCACAUUCUAUUUCAGUCACUUGAGCUUCUGAAUGAUUCAGGUGAGGAAAUUCUUGUGGCGGCCAUUCAUUUCAUAUUUAAAACUGCCUCACAGUGCCAACACCUACCUGGAGCCGUAAGGUCAGUCCGUGAACGGCUUAAAAGUCUGGGUGCUGAUGUAUCUGUUUGCGUCCUUGAAUAUCUGAGCAAAACUGUACACAGUUGGGCUGAGAUUGCCGAAAUGAUACUUAGAGACAUCAACUGUGACGACAGUCUAGAUGGCAAUUUUGGGACAUUACCCUUCGGGCCUUUUCUGAUUGGUGAAAACGAUUCCAUCUCCGAAAUGGAAGAUCUGAUGGAUAAGCAUGAAUUCUAUGUAAACAGACAGUUUUUUGAUGUCUACAUAUUGCUGGAAAUGUUGUCCAUAUCGUCCCUAGCUGUGGAGGCAUCUCAGACGUUCGAAAGAGCUGUUGCUCGUGGAGCCAUUGUUGUUCAGUGUGUUGCCAUGGUCCUUGAAAAACGACGUGUACAAGGGCCAAAUCUGAGUGCUACUCGUGGGGAUCCUGUAUUGGAGGGAGAGGUCAGCGAGGAAGAAGCCGCUGGAGGGAUUGAGUUCAGGGCACUCCUUAAUCUUGCGGAGACAUUAGCUCAUUCCAAAGAUCCUCAAGUGAGGGGAUUUGUGAAAAGGCUAUACGCAGUAUUAUUCAAAUGGUUUCCUGAUCAGCCAUUUAGGGUUCAAAUACUGAGGAGACUUGUAGAUAGAUUUACCAGCCCCACGAGUAGCAACGGAGAGUUAGACUUAGAGCUGCGGAUUCUUGAUAUUCUGAUUUUUCAGGAGCGAGAGGUUGCGAGACCUAUUUUAGCCAUGUUGAAAAAGGCAGUAGAACAUGCGAACAUUGACAGGGCUGCUCUGUGGCACCAACUGCGUGUGAACAAGGAAGAGCUUGUUAGGCUGAAGGAAGAAAAGAAGACAGAGAUUCAAACUCUGACAAAGGAGAAAUCUGGCAUCACGAAAAAAUUGAGUGAAUCUGAGGCUGCAAAGACCCGUCUUAAGUCUGAAAUGAAAGCUGAGACGGACCGGUUUGGUCGGGAAAAGAAGGAACUGGUAGAACAGUUUCGGGAUGUGGAGAGUCAGCUGGAGUGGGUUCGGUCAGAACGUCAAGAUGAGAUAGAUAAACUCUCUUCUGAGAAGAAAGCUCUUCUGGAUCGCCUUACCGAGGCAGAGACACAACUUUCUUUGCUAAAGACACGAAAGCGUGAUGAACUUAAGAAGACAGGGAAAGAGAAAACUGCUCUAACGGAGAAGCUAAAGGUAACAGAGGCAGCCCGGAAAAGAUUUGAAGAAGAGCUGAAACGGUAUGCAACAGAGAAUGCAACUCGGGAAGAAGUUCGCAAGUCACUUGAGGAUGAAAUUAGGCGACUGACACGAACAGUAGGGCAAACAAAAGAAGAGAAACGAGAGAAAGAAAAUCAGAUUGCUCGUUGUGAAGCUUACAUUGAUGGAAUGGAAUCCAAACUCCAAGCUUGCCAGCAAUACAUCAGCACACUAGAAUCCUCACUUAGAGAAGAGAUUUCAAGACAUGCGCCUCUAUACGGUGCCAAUUUAGACUCUCUAUCGAUGAAGGAACUGGACACAAUAGCUCGGAUCCAUGAGGAAGGGUUGAGACAGAUCCAUGCCCAUCAACAACGUAAAGGAAAUGGUUUAUCACAUGGUCUUUCUCACGGCCACACACUUUACCCGAGUACACCACCUCAGCUGCUUCCUAAUGGCUCAGGGGUUCACUCAAACGGACAUAUUAACGGUUCUGUCAGGCCUUGGUUUAGCCACCACACCUAAAAGAAUACAUCCUUUUUCAUAGGAAGACUACAACAAGAGAAUGGCCUCGCCACGUUGUUUUUGAGAGGUAAAUCAAUCAAUCAUUAAUUUUCCACAUAUAUAUUUAAUUUUGUCUGAGAUUUUCGGAGGGGCUUUUUUCGGCUGCUAGAACCAUUGGGGGAAUCAAAGUAGAAGAUGAAUAAAAAAUAUAGAGGCAUAUAUACAGAUGCGCAAAUAUGUUUGUGAAAGAAAAUAUGUUGUAAAAGAUGUUACGCCAAUGGUACUAACAGUUGCAAGAGUCUCUUAUGCUUC